AAUUUAUUUGCAAUGAAAAGAGCGACGAAGUCACCGCGAUAGGGUCUGCCCACUCAGUCUCCAUCGAAACGCUGUCCGAGCCACAUCAAAACUCGAUCCCCCCAGCAAGCGGUCUAUUUGCUUCGAGCAAUAAACAUUGAAUCCAUCACAUUAAUUUACAUUUCCACUCAAACAUCUCGAGAGUUAUUCGAUAAUUAUUCUCCAACGAGUGUUUACAGCGUUGAUACGGUCAUAAAUUAAAUAAAAUUGCAUAGAAAAAUCUGUUCAACUGGUUCAUUAAAAUCCUCAAGACAAGCAUCUAAGUAAAGUCAAGAAAACAUAAACUUAAAGAAUCGAAAAACAAAAUAAUAAAGUAUUUAGACGUUUGCCUAAUUGAACCGUCGAUUUGGUGAAAUUAAUCGGAAUAAAUCAGGAAGAUGCCGAGCAGCAAGACAAGGGUUGCUAUCGUUGGUGGUGGAGUUGCUGGUCUCGUCGUAGCUCGACACAUCUCCUCGAGGCCACAAGAGUUCGAUCUCACACUAUUCGAGCAAACUGAUGGGGUUGGUGGUACCUGGGUCUACACCGACGCCACCGAGCUAGAUAAAAAUGGCCUGGAGGUGCACAGCAGUAUGUACAAAAAUUUGAGGACGAAUUUACCGAAAGAAAUCAUGCAGAUACCGGAUUUCCCAUUCCAAGAGAAGAAUGGGCCUUCGUUUGUCCAUCACAGUGUUAUCCGGCAGUAUUUAGAGGACUAUACGCAACAUUUCAAUCUUUAUCCUUAUAUUAAGUUCAACAAUCUGGUGACACGCGUUGAGCCAUCAACAUCAUUGAGUGAUCAGACAAUCUAUACGAUCACUCACGAGGACCUUAUCAGCAAAGUUCAGUACACCAAGACCUUUGACGUUGUUGUAUUAUGCAAUGGGCAUUACACUGUCGGCGCUAUACCGAGGAUUAAGGGGAGUGAUACAUUUUCUGGGGACUGUAUUCACAGCCAUCAGUACAGAAUUCCGGAUAAAUAUGCCGGGAAGAAGGUCUGCAUCCUUGGGGCCUCCUGGUCAGGAAUCGAUAUUGCAAUCGAGGUCUCGAAGCACGCCACCAAGGUUUACUUGAGCCACAACCUGGACACUUUGGACGCAGUAAUGCCGGCCAAUGUUGAGCUGAGGCCUGGAAUUGCCUCAAUCCACGGCAAUACCUUCAUCUUCAAGGAUGGAACGAGCGCACAUGUUGAUGACUUCAUCUACUGCACAGGAUAUAAAUUCACGUAUCCAUUCCUGUCCGACAAAAUCGAACUUCUGACGGAGGAAAAUCACGUGGAGCCCAUCUACAAGAAUCUCAUUCACACGGACAUGCCAAAUUUAUUUUUCAUGGGACUUCCCGGAAUCGUUAUUCCCUUCCCCAUGUUUCACAUUCAGGCCCAGUACAUCCUGAGAAUCUUGGAGGGACAUCUCAAGCUCCCCUCACCAGAAGAAAUGCGGAUGGACUUUAUGCGGGAGAAACAGAUGCUCUUGGAUCAAGGAAUUCCAGCUCGACAUAUCAUCAAAAUGAAAGAUCGACAAUGGGCAUACUACGACGAGAUAGCAACAGCAGCAAACGUUCCAUCAUUUCCACCAGUGAUUAAAAAAAUUUACGACCACGCAAAUGAAAUGCGAGAGCUGAACUUCACGACGUACAAGAACUAUCAGUACAGAAUACUUGAUAAAGAGAAUUUCAGUUUCCAUUAUUGUAAAAUUUGUUAGGGUCUAACCCCCGAUGACAGUCCAAUAAUUACUCCAAUAACCGAUAAUGUAAUUUUUGAUUAAUAAAUUAAUUGAAUGAGGCAAUGAAAUUAAA